AUGUCGCCCUCGGCAAUGAUGAUCGACACUAGCGAUGACUUCGUCUCGCCCUUUGCAAAGUCGGCUCAGAAUGGUUUCUCGGCCGCGAGAACCCUCCUCUUAGCCCCGCCCUCGAUCGCAAGCCACGAAGAGACGUUGCGCCAAGUUCUCGCCGCACACGACCGGUCUGUCACAGACCUGCAGAUGCUUGAUCGCCUGUCCGCUGGCCUUGUCUCUCUUCCCGAUGCCACUUACGAUCUCAUCCUAGUCCUGACGGACGCCGACGGCACUCGGUCCGAGUCGACGCUCCUCCUGAACCGUGACGUUUUCGGAAAGAUCGUGCCGUCCUUGAAAGUUGGAGGCAAGCUUCAGGCACAGAACGGCACAUUGGGACAAGGCAGUGACAGUGCGGAUGCUCGCGAAGCCGUCUUGGCAGGUCUGGUCACUGGACCAGAUGGUUUCACCAAGGCGGAGGACGAAGAGGCGGCUGUGCCUCUGAAGCUGUCCUUCGGCAAAAACAAAAAGAAGAGCACAGCUGGCCCCGCUGUGUCUAGUGUGACGGUGCACGAGACGAUUGGGGCCACUAUAGAGUUGGAUAUGGCCCCUCCAGUGUCAAAGCCCGCCGGUGUUGGCUUUGUGAACCUGGACGACGACUUUGACUUUGGUGAUGAUGAUGAUUUAAUCGACGAAGACACUCUCUUGACGGAAGAGGAUAUGAACGCACAAUUCGCUCUCCCUGCCGAAUGCAUCCCCAAGGUUGGGAAGAGGAGGCGUGCUUGCAAAGACUGCACUUGUGGUCUAGCAGAGAAGAUUGCUGCCGACGAUGCCGCAAAGAGAGACAAUGCGGACUCCAAGUUGAAGUCUUUGAAAUUUGGAGCUGAUGAUCUCACCGAGGUUGAUUUCACAGUGCAGGGCAAGGUUGGAUCAUGUGGCAACUGCUCCCUCGGCGAUGCAUUCAGAUGUGACGGAUGCCCGUACAUUGGAAUGCCAGCAUUCAAGCCCGGUGAGGAGGUCAGGUUGCUUAACAACGAUAUUCAGCUAUAA